GAUGGUACGUUUAUUAUGUGAAAUACCCAUAAAGUGUUGGCGCUGCUGUUGCUUGGUCUAUAAAUGGAAGCAAGCAGCCUGGGUUUCAAUUCAUUCAUUCCUCUUCUCAUUAACCCCCCCUCUCUUUUUUGCGUUUACUGUGUUUUCUUUCUCUCAUAGGUGGAUCGGUGAGAGGGCAUGGCCAGCGACCGUUUGACCCGCGUUCACAGCCUCCGUGAAAGGCUUGACGAAACCCUGACAGCCAACAGGAAUGAGAUUCUAGCUCUUCUGUCGAGGAUCGAAGCCAAGGGUAAGGGGAUCUUGCAACACCACCAAGUGAUUGCUGAGUUUGAGGAAAUCCCUGAGGAGAACAGGCAGAAGCUAACUGAUGGUGCUUUUGGAGAAGUUCUUAGAUCUACUCAGGAAGCAAUUGUUUUGCCUCCCUGGGUUGCUCUGGCAGUUCGUCCAAGGCCUGGUGUUUGGGAGUACCUUCGUGUCAAUGUCCAUGCUCUUGUUGUAGAAGAGUUGCAAGCUGCCGAGUACUUGCGCUUCAAGGAGGAGCUUGUUGAUGGAAGUUCUAAUGCCAACUUCGUUCUUGAGUUGGACUUCGAGCCCUUCACUGCCUCCUUCCCUCGCCCAACUCUCAACAAGUCUAUCGGUAACGGCGUGCAGUUCCUUAACCGCCACCUGUCCGCAAAACUCUUCCAUGACAAGGAGAGCUUGCAUCCGCUUCUUGAAUUCCUCAGGCUUCACAGCUACAAGGGCAAGACGUUGAUGUUGAACGACAGAAUCCAUAACCCAGAUUCACUCCAACAUGUUCUAAGGAAGGCGGAGGAGUAUCUGGGAACCCUUCCCGCUGAGACUCCUUACUCAGAAUUCGAGCACAAGUUCCAGGAGAUUGGAUUGGAGAGAGGGUGGGGUGACACCGCCGAGCGUGUCCUUGAGUCCAUCCAACUCCUCUUGGACCUUCUUGAGGCUCCUGAUCCCUGCACCCUUGAGACCUUCCUCGAUAGAAUUCCCAUGGUCUUCAACGUUGUCAUCCUCUCUCCCCAUGGUUACUUCGCCCAAGACAACGUUUUGGGCUACCCUGACACCGGUGGCCAGGUUGUUUACAUCUUGGAUCAAGUUCGUGCUUUGGAAAAUGAGAUGCUCCACCGCAUCAAGCAACAAGGCUUGGAUAUCGUACCUCGCAUUCUCAUCAUCACCCGUCUUCUCCCUGAUGCCGUAGGAACCACUUGUGGCCAACGUCUUGAGAAGGUUUUUGGGACCGAGCACUCUCACAUUCUUCGUGUUCCCUUCAGAACAGAGAAGGGAAUUGUUCGCAAAUGGAUCUCAAGAUUCGAAGUCUGGCCCUAUUUGGAAACUUACACCGAGGAUGUUGCACAUGAACUUGCCAAGGAAUUGCAAGGCAAGCCAGAUUUGAUUGUUGGAAACUACAGUGAUGGAAACAUUGUUGCCUCCUUGUUGGCACACAAACUAGGUGUCACUCAGUGUACCAUUGCUCAUGCACUUGAGAAGACCAAGUAUCCGGAAUCCGACAUUUACUGGAAGAAGUUUGAAGAGAAGUAUCACUUCUCAUGCCAAUUCACAGCUGAUCUUUUCGCCAUGAACCACACUGACUUCAUCAUCACCAGUACAUUCCAAGAAAUUGCCGGAAGCAAGGACACAGUUGGACAGUAUGAGAGUCACACAGCAUUCACCCUCCCCGGACUGUACCGUGUUGUUCACGGCAUUGAUGUGUUCGAUCCAAAGUUCAACAUUGUGUCCCCUGGUGCUGACCAAACCAUUUACUUCCCAUACACCGAUGGUAGCCGCAGGUUGACUGCAUUCCACCCGGAGAUCGAAGAGCUUCUCUACAGCUCAGUGGAGAAUGAAGAACACAUUUGUGUGUUGAAGGACCGCAGCAAGCCAAUCAUCUUCACCAUGGCUAGGUUGGACCGCGUCAAGAACAUCACCGGACUUGUGGAAUGGUACGGCAAAAACGCCCGCCUGCGCGAGCUUGUGAACUUGGUUGUGGUGGCCGGAGACAGGAGGAAGGAGUCGAAGGAUCUUGAGGAGAAGGCGGAGAUGAAGAAGAUGUACGGGCUGAUCGAGACGUACAAGCUGAACGGGCAGUUCAGGUGGAUCUCGUCACAGAUGAACCGUGUGAGGAAUGGAGAGCUGUACCGUGUAAUCUGCGACACCAAGGGAGCGUUCGUGCAGCCCGCCGUGUACGAAGCGUUCGGGUUGACGGUGGUUGAGGCCAUGACAUGCGGCUUGCCAACCUUCGCAACAUGCAAUGGUGGUCCUGCUGAGAUCAUUGUUCAUGGCAAGUCGGGCUUCCACAUCGACCCUUACCAUGGUGACCGCGCCGCUGAUCUGCUCGUUGAUUUCUUUGACAAGUGCAAGGUUGAUCCAACCCACUGGGACAAGAUUUCCCAGGGUGGUCUCCAGCGUAUUGAAGAGAAGUACACAUGGCAAAUCUACUCUCAGAGGCUUUUGACUCUAACCGGUGUCUAUGGCUUCUGGAAGCAUGUCUCCAACCUUGACCGCCGUGAGAGCCGCCGUUACCUUGAGAUGUUCUAUGCUCUUAAAUACCGCAAAUUGGCCGAGUCUGUGCCACUUGCUGUGGAGGAGUAAACGAAGCAAGCUAAGAGAAUAUGGAUGAUGGAGGAUCCGGCUUUUUCUCUAUUUCGAGUCUUUAUUUCUCUUUGGGUUUUAUAAAUAAUGUGGAAAAUGAUUUUGAAUUUUGUCAAUUAGGAUUUUGGAUAAAAAAAGUUGAGAAAAAUAGUCUUUUUUCGUUUUUUUUUUUUUUUUUUUUUUGUUUCUUGAAUGUUGGGUGGGGUUUACCCGUUAUUUCCAAUUUUAAGCUGUGCCUUCGUUA